GGCUGUGUGCUCAAUGCUCCUCCGCUCCAGGGUUGCUCACGGUUCCUGUUCAGUCCUAUUCCGUGCUGUCACUUUAUCGGUUUCCAUGCCCAGGUGACCUAGGAGCCCUCGCAGCCUCGUCUGCUCUACCCCUGCUCAUGUGCCCGCCUGAGUAGCUCCUGGCCUGAGGAUGUGUCUCCGCCGCCUGCUGCAUUGUGUCUUGGCCAGGCCUGGACCAAGUCGCUUCUGCCUGCCGGUUGCCGUGUGACUUGGGAGGCCGGGCGCGCGCCCCGUGGUUAUCACUCUAGUUCAAUGGGAUGCCCUGCUUGUGCGGAUUCAGGCAGCAUGAGGACCUCCCUGCAGGCUGUGGCGCUGUGGGGAAAGAAGGCCCCUCCGCACAGCAUCUCUGCCAUCAUGAUCACCGACGACCAGCAGACCAUUGUGACCGGAAGCCAAGAGGGUCAGCUCUGCCUCUGGAACCUCUCACCUGAGCUGCAGAUCUCAGCUAAAGAGCUCCUCUUCGGUCACUCGGCGGCCGUGACAUGCCUGUCCAGGGCGAGGGACUUCUCCAAACAGCCCUACGUCGUCAGUGCUGCUGAGAACGGGGAGAUGUGCGUGUGGAACGUCACCAGCGGACAGUGCGUGCAGCAGGCCACCCUCCCCUACCGGCACACUGCCAUCUGCUAUUACCACUGCUCCUCCCGGAUGCCGGGCGACGGCUGGCUCCUGUGCUGCGGGGAGUACCAGGACGUCCUCGUCGUGGACGCCGAGACUCUGGCCGUCGUGCACACGUUCGUGUCUUCUCAGUCCCCAGACUGGGUCACCUGCAUGUGCGUGGUGCACUCCGUGCGGGUUCAAGGGGAUUCUCUGCUGGCGGUGACGGUGACUGGGGAUCUCAAGGUGUGGGACCUGUCCUCGUCCAUCUCCAGCAUCCAGGAAAAGCGAGAUGUCUAUGAGAAAGAAUGCAAAUGCCUCGACUCCCUGAACUGCCAGACAAUACGAUUUUGCACGUACACAGAGCGACUUCUGCUGGUGGUGUUUUCUAGAUGCUGGAAGGUAUACGACGACUGCGACUUCUCCCUGCUGUGGACAGAGGCCAGCAGCAACGGGCGGCUCUUUGCAGGCGGGGAGGUGCUGGCGGCGCACAGGGUCCUCGUCUGGACCAAGGACGGCCACAGCUACAUCUAUCAGCUGCUGGACAGCGGGCUUUCCAAAAGCAGCGGCCCAGCUGACGGGAGGCUGCUGAGAGAGACCAUUUAUCCACAUUUGGUGUGCUCUGCCUCUGUGCAGGAAAACCAGAACCUGUCCUUUGUCAUGGGCUACAUGAACGAAAGGAAGGAACCUUUCUACAAGGUGCUGUUCUCCGGAGACGUGUCAGGGAGGAUUACUUUGUGGCACAUCCCUGAUGUUCCCGUAACCAAGUUCGAUGGUUCUCCUAAAGAGAUACCGAUCACUACCACCUGGACCCUUCAAGAUAAUUUUGACAGGCAUCAAACGGUGUCACAGAGUAUCCUUGAGCAUUUCUCUGGGUUUGGAGGUGAGGCGGGAGCUGAGGCCAUCACAGCGUCAGAGUAUGUCCCCAGCCUGGACAAACUCAUCUGUGGCUGCGAAGACGGGACCAUCCUCAUCACACAGGCUCUGAAUGCCGCCCAGGCAGGCCUCCUGGACGUUGGUUCUGUGCCGAAAGAUUCUCCCUCUCACAAAGUCCUUAAAGGCCACCAACAAAGUGUGACUUCAUUACUGUACCCUCACGGUCUCUCUUCAAAGUCGGACCAACGUUGGCUGGUGUCAGGGGACCAGAGCUCCUGCGUCAUCCUGUGGGACAUCUUUACUGAAGAAGCCCUGCAUAAGUUCUUUUUGGAAGCUGGUCCAGUAAUGAGCCUUUUGAUGUCACCAGAGAACUUCAGACUGCAGGGCGACCGGACGGUGUGCUGUGUGUGCGGCGACCACUCGGUGGCCCUCCUGCACUUGGAGGAGAAGAGGCCCCUCCUGCGCGCCCGGAAGCACCUUUUCCCCGUGACCGCCAUCAAAUGGCACCCAGUGGAGAACUUUCUGAUUGUUGGGUGUGCUGAUGACUCUGCCUACAUCUGGGAAAUUGAAACAGGCACUUUGGAAAGACACGAGACAGGAGAGAGAGCGAGAAUCAUUCUUAAUUGCCGUGAUGGUUCACAGCUGCUGAAGCCCGAGCCCGCGCUGCCGGCUGCCUCAGAGACAUGGACGUACAGAAGUGUGGAGUGCGGACCCUCGGGCUGUCCCCCACCUGGGCCGGGCGCUUGCCCCGGGCUGCAGGGGGAGGCCCCGUGGCAGGGAGUAGAUGCCAGAUCCCCCCCCAGGCCCUUUAACGUCUUACCUGUGAAGACCAGGUGGAGCCGUGUUGGCGUCCACGUUCUGCUGUUUGAUUUGGAGAACCUCCUUGAGCUUUUGCUGCCCGCUCCCCAGGGGAGCGCUGACCCCUCGGGCUCCUUCUACGGCAGCGAACUGCUAAGAAGAGCCCGGGGCACAGUGAGCAAGAAAACGCUGACCACGAAGAGGAGCAGAGCAGCCUGCGGCACCGCCUCCCCCGAGGCCCAGGCUCCCCCAGCUGGUAGGGCCCAAGGCGAGGACGCCAUCACAUUCCUGGAGGAAAAUGACAGCGUUAAAUGGCAGAAGAAGACAAAGAGCUCCAAAAAGACACAUCCUCAGCCCUCACGCAAAGUGAACGCCAGCCUCCCGCUGGAUGCAGCAAAGUUGUUCCUCUCUUGCCUCCUGCCCUGGGGUGUGGACAAGGAAUUAGACAGCCUCUGCAUCAGGCAUCUCAACAUCUUAAAGCUGCAGGGACCCGUCUCUUUAGGACUGGCUUCCAGCGAGGAUCACUUCUCGCUGAUGCUGCCGGGCGGGGACUUAUGCGACACGGAAACAAAGACAGAAUACUCGAGGAUGAAUUUAUUUUCCAGAAAAGUGUUGGACUUGUCAAAUAAAUACACAGCCACUCUGCCAAGCCACCUAGGAACAUCACGAGGACUGGAAAAUGGCUGUGAUUGUUUGCAAGAGUCCAACACCAUCACUUACUUAUUGAGCAGACUGUUUUUAGUUAAUAAAUUAGUUAACAUGCCUUUAGAAUUGGCCUGUAAAAUUGACAGAUCCUUCAAGGUGGAAUCUAUACAUAAGGUGAAGAGUCCUGUGAAUGAUAUUUUGCAUAUUUCAAGCUUCUAUGGCCACUUAAGAAAUGGUAAGACCGACUCUCCGACCCCCGCGGCUGACCUUUCCCUUGUGAAGCUGAUCUCUUGUUGGCGAGACCAAUCUGUGCAGGUCACUGAAGCGAUCCAAGCUGUCCUGCUGGCCGAAGUGGAGCAGCACUUGAGGAGUCUGAGGAAGACCCCAGAGGACAGCUGUGUCACGUGCCCGGGGCAGAGAGACGGCAGGAAGCAGGUGCAGGCUGCGCCCGAGCUGGGCCGGGCCGAGGACCUGCAGCCAGGGCCGCUCCGGAGCGCUUCGCCUGUGCAGUCUGCAGUCAGUCCAGGCGAGCAUGACAGCAACUCGGAGACAGCCAACUUCCAGGACUCCGAGGACGUGCCUGGCAGAUGCGUCUUGGAUGGGUCUGAGAGUCCAGGCGAGCCAAGACACCAUUCCUGGAUAGCCAAGAUGUGCUCCUGCAAGGUGUGCUGAGUGGAGCGGCCCUGCAGAGCCUGGACGUCACCAAUUCAGGGAUUCCAGACCUGCCAUUCAUCUCCCUUGUAAAGCGGUGCUGCCGUUGGUCUGCAGUGGGUUUGCUAAUUCCUUAGCCAGAGUGUAUUGAAUGUACAGUUACUGACUGAAAAUGCUCCGUUCUUCUAGAAAAUAAGUGCUUCAGUCAGCAGUGGUGAACGUUUUAGAGCUUUCAGUGAUACAGCCCGCUUCAGCACACCUGCCACAGGUUUGCCACCACUGGCCUAAGUCGUUAUCUGUCCCUCCUUAUUCUCUGCUAAUAUUUUCGACAAGAAAUGCCAGCCCGUAGACAGAAGUGUAACAGUGCUUUGGAUUUGUUUCCAUUGUUUCAGUCCCUGAGUUAUAUAAUAAACAACAUUAAAGCCAACAUCACACACAAUUUAAUGUUGCUUCAGCAUAUGUAACGUAAAGCUUUAGUGAAUUUGAUUUGUUAGGUGAGAGCAUUUUGUUAGUAGACGCCCUAGUUCUGACCAGUGGCUGCAGUAAAUCUCGUCCCUGAGCAUGAAAUGCUGUUAACAAAUAACCGAUUCCCUGCAGUCAUCAAUUAGCCGAAACGAGUGACAUCCACUGUCACAGUUGCCAAACCAGUUCGAUCCAGGGAGUUGGGACUGCUGACGACCACGAGGCUGCUGCCCUCCGCCAAAGAUUGAGCUUACUGGUCACAGAGAUCUGGGCUGGGGAAGGGAGAAGCCACUCCUAACGCGUACAGUUGGCUCUUAUUAAAUGGAAGCUCUUACGGUUCUUUUCCCAGAAAGAAGCUUCACUAGCAGGAAUUCUAAAACUAAAAUAUGCGAAGUAAUAUAAAUAGGAAUUGACAUAAAGUGCUCAUCUAUUAAGGCUGUUAGCGAUCUGAUUUACUUGCUGUGACUUAUAUUAUACCAUUCUUUGAUUUAUAGAAAAUCUUCAAAGCUUAUUAAUGUGCAUAUAUUAUGAAUACAAAUAUUGCCUAAUCUAUAGAAAAAUGAAGUAUUAAAUAUAUGAUAUAUAACUCAA